AUGGAUACAGACCGAAGUUGGAUGUAUAGGCGGCUCCAGGGCAGGUUGCUGUACCCUGGUUUUGACGAGCGCGUCCAAGAGUUUGUAAAUUUCGCUUUACGCUAUCCAGCGUGUAUGAGCGGGCCCGAUAUUAAAUGCCCUUGUCCUAGGGUGGGAUGUAAAAAUACGAGUUACCGCGAUGUCGAAACAGUGAAGCUUCACAUUUUGCAGAAAGGAUUUGUUAAAGAUUAUCAAGUUUGGGUUUUUCAUGGGGAGGGAAAUGUUUUAAAUCCCCGUCCUUUUACACAACUAACGGAGUAUGACGUUGACAUGGAAUAUGAGGGGGGUGACGAGUUCAUCUCAGUUCAGAGAAUGAUUAUUGAUGCUGCGGCUGCUAAAAUGUUGGACAUCAAAUGUCGACAUAGUGGGUCAGUAGCUUUAGUAGAUGAUGUGACCGAAUUUAUACAAGAGCUCCUCCCAGAGGACAACAAGAUGCCGAAGAACUUUGCUGAAAUAAAGAAGAUAGUUAGAGGUCUUGGGUUGCCGGUUGAAGUUAUCGAUUGCUGUUUCCGCAACUGCAUGAUUUAUUGGGGGUCAGACGCGGAGUUAACGCGAUGCAAAAUUUGCGAUCACGAACGGUGGAAACCGCCCCCUAAAGGAAAUUCUAUUCCAUUUCAAAACUCUCAAAAUUCUUCCCCCGCCGUCCGCGCCGUUCUUCCCCCGCCGUCCGCGCCUUGCUUCCUCCGCCGUCCGCGCCGUUCUUCCCCCGCCGUCCGCGCCUUGCUUCCCCCGCCGUCCGCGCCGUUCGCCCUUCUUGUCAGUUUGGUUCUACCAAACCGACUGCAGCCACCGCCGGACACCCACUGCCGCCAACGCCGGACACCCACUGCUGCCACCGCCGGACACCCACUGAAGGCUGCCUCCGACCGUUUUUGCCAGCCCUCGACCCGCUGCUGCUCCGGUCUGCAUUUUCGGUCCGCUGCCCCGUCUAAAAAGGUUCGUGUUCCGAUACGGUUUCUGAUUGGCAUUGUCGGUGGUUUGCACCGCUCUCCCGGCCUUUUUUUCAUCCCUUCUGUGCGGUUCUGCUCUACAACAAAAAUGAAUUCAGAUCGCAGUUGGAUGUAUAGUGGGAGACUGGUCAGAGGAUUGUUGACUGAAGGGUACAUCAGUAACGUUAGGGAGUUUUUGAACUUUGCUGUGCAACACCCCGAGUGUAUGAGCGGGGCUCAGAUAAAAUGCCCUUGCCCUAAACCCAAAUGCCGGAACACUGCUUUUCGAACUGUUGACGAAGUGGAGUUUCAUCUCUACACAGACGGGUUUGUGAGUAAUUACCACGUCUGGACUCACCAUGGUGAGGAAAAUAGGAGGGUCGAGGUGCCUGUUAAUGUUCUGCAAGCGGACAACAUGUGGGAGCAUAGAAAUGAAGACGAGGGUUGCAGUUCAUUCCAGAGAAUGGUUACUGAUGCGGGUGGUCCCGAAGUUUGGACAGAAGAGCCUCCGAAUGCAGAAGCUCAGAAGUUUUAUGAUAUGAUGCGUGCGGCCGAAGAACCCAUAUGGCCUGGGAAUGACAGACACUCCGCUUUGUCUGCAGCCGUAAAAUUUUUAGAAUUCAAGUGCCGAUUUCAAGCGUCUGACGGUCUGAUGAAUGAAAUGAGCGAGUUUGUACAUCAGCUGUUGCCUAAAGACAACAAGUUAGCCAAAAAUUCGUACAGCAUUAAAAAGCUAGUCAGAGGGCUUGGGCUUCCAGUUGAGGUGAUUGACUGCUGUAAAAAUAUGUGUAUGAUAUACUGGGGUGACGAUGCGGGUUUGACUUUGUGUAAAGUAUGCGGGCAUGACAGGUGGAAACCAGCUACUGCGGGUAAUUCAAAAAGAAGAAAGACGAAUGUGCCUUAUAAAAAAAUGCAUUAUUUUCCUUUAACUCCGAGGCUGCAGAGGUUGUACGCUUCUAGGGCAACAGCUAAACAUAUGAGGUGGCACGCCGAGCACGAGAUGGAGAAUGGUGUGAUGAAUCAUCCGUCUGACUCGCCAGCUUGGAAACACUUUUCGGAGUUACAUCAAGAUUUUGCAGCAGAAGUUAGAAAUAUCAGAUUGGGGUUGUGUACGGAUGGGUUUCAACCAUUUGGUGCAUUUGGGCAACAAUACUCGUCAUGGCCGGUAAUUGUGACUCCGUAUAACUUGCCUCCUGGCAUGGCCAUGAAAGACGAGUUCAUGUUUCUAACGGUUCUUGUUCCCGGACCCAAUAGUCCAAAAGGCAGUUUGGAUAUUUUCCUACAGCCGCUAAUAGCAGAACUGAACCAUUUGUGGGAAUUUGGGACGCGGACAUAUGACAUUCAUAGGCGGCAAAAUUUUCAAUUGAAAGCCGCUCUUAUGUGGACGAUCAAUGAUUUUCCGGCUUAUUCAAUGCUGUCUGGAUGGAGCACAUCGGGUAAACGGGCAUGUCCUCACUGUAUGGAAGAAACUGAUGCAAUUACCCUUCCGAAGAGUGGUAAACAAUCGUGGUUUGAUUGCCACAGAAAGUUCUUACCACCUGAACAUUCGUACCGUAAUAACACUACGGAUUUUAAAAAGGGCUACAAAGAAAGAAAAUCAUUCAGGGGAUACAGAACUGGAGAGGAAAUUGAACAAGAGAUUGAUAGCCUUGGUUUUAAAAAGGCAUACGAGGUUGGAGCUCAGGAGACGAAUGCUCAUAAAUCAAAGCAUCAUGGGUGGCAUAAAAAAAGCAUAUUUUGGGAUUUGCCGUAUUGGAAAACGAAUAUGAUUCGUCAUAAUCUGGAUGUCAUGCAUACUGAGAAAAAUGUAUUUGACAACAUUUUCAAUACAGUGCUUAAUGUUCCUGGGAAGACCAAAGACCAUGCUAAGUCCAGAGAAGAGUUGAAUGAUAUUUGUAAUCGUCCGGACUUGGCAUUUAAUCCAUCAACCGGGCAAUAUCCGAAGGCAAUAUAUGCUUUAGACAAAAACGCAAAACAAGCUCUACUGGAAUGGGUUAAAGAGUUGAAGUUCCCGGAUGGGCAUGUGUCGAACUUGGGUAGGUGUGUUGAUUUGAAAAAGCUGAAAAUGAACGGUAUGAAAAGCCACGACUGUCAUGUUUUCAUGCAGCGUCUCUUGCCAAUUGCUUUUCGAGAAUUUCUUCAUCCGUCCGUGUGGGAACCUAUUACAGAGUUGAGCAUCUUCUUUAAAGACCUGACUUGCACAACGCUUAAAGAGGACGACCUAAUUGAGAUGGAGAAAGACAUUGCGAAAAUAUUGUGCAAAUUGGAACGUAUCUUUCCGCCCAGCUUUUUUGAUUCAAUGGAACAUCUUCCUAUACACCUACCCUACGAAGCGAAGCUGGCAGGCCCUGUGCAAUAUCGGUGGAUGUAUCCGUUUGAAAGGUUAAGUAUUUUUUAA